AUGGCAAAUCGAAUACGUCGUUCUACAAGAUCUCGAUCAAGUUUAAAUGUUAAAUUUGCUGAUGAUCCUGAUUAUGAUGAACGUACUUUUGAAGACGAUCAGGGCGACGAUGAUGAUGACGACAUUGACGAACUGCCGGUGGCGCGGAUAAAACAAGAGCAACAGCGACACACUAGUCAAAAUAAUACCAAUAGUGGUAUUGUUAAAAGACGUCGUGGACGUCCUGCUAAACGUGAACCAUUACAUGAUGAUGAUGAAGAUUGGCAUGCUGAAGAAGAUGAUGAUGAAGAAGAUUUUUCAACAGUUACACCUGUUGAUGUGACUUUAAGUCCAUCAGGUCCAGAUGGUAAUCCAUCUGUUUAUGAAUUUAGUGAAACAUCAAAUCGUAAAAAACUUCCAACGGUUAAUUCAGUUGGUAAUAAUAAUUCAUCACGUGAUUCAACUAAAACACCAAUUAAAGUUCGUCGUGAUGAAAAACAUUUAUGUCCUUAUUGUAAUUAUUGUACUGGUAAAAAAUAUCUUCUUCAACGUCAUUUAAAAUCUCAUUCAACAGAACGACCACAUAAAUGUGCUUAUUGUUCAAAUACAUUUAAAACAACAGCACAACUACAAAAUCAUGUUAAUACUCAUCUUGGUAUUAAACCAUUUCAAUGUAAAUUUUGUGAAUAUAAAUUUACUACAAGUGGCGAAUUAAUUCGUCAUGUACGUUAUAAACAUACACUUGAAAAACCACAUAAAUGUGAAGAAUGUGGAUAUGCAACAGUUGAAUUAAGUAAACUUCGACGUCACAUUCGAACACAUACAGGGGAAAAACCAUAUUCAUGUCCACAUUGUUCGUAUUGUAGUCCGGAUACAUUUAAACUUAAACGACAUUUACGUGUUCAUACUGGCGAACGACCGUAUCAAUGCACAAUAUGUAAAUUUCGUUUUACUCAAAGCAAUAGUUUAAAAGCACAUAUGUUAACACAUCAAACAAAUGCACAAAAAUUUCAUUGCACUUAUUGUCCAACUGUACUAACACGUAAAGCUGAUCUUAAACAACAUAUGUUAAAAAAACAUGCUAAUGAUGAAGAUUUUGUAACAUGUCUUAAAUGUGAUCAAGAAUUUGCCGAUCCACAUGAAUUAAGUCAACAUAAAAAAAUGCAUCAUGGAUUAAAUAAUAAUAAUAAUAAUAGUUUUAAUAAUACACCACGUGUUCAACUUAGUUGUUCAUUGUGUACAUAUAAAACAUUUUCACAAGAUAUACUUGAUGAUCAUAUGGAUUCACAACAUCGAGAUGACCGAACUUUUCAAUGUAAUGAAUGUGGUUUAAUGUAUGCAACUCGUGGUGAUCUCCGUCAACAUGUAACUAAAGUUCAUCGUUGUGGUAUUUAUGCUAAAAUGCCUGCUGGAGGUUUAUCAAUUCGUCAACGACCAUAUUCAUCAUCAUUGAAAAAUUCUCAACGUUCAUCAACAACAUCAACAUCACCAAUAAAACAACAAAUGCGACGACGUGAAACUGUUUAUCGUUGUUCGAUAUGUCGAAAUAAAUUUCCACAUAUACGUGCAAUAGAACGUCAUCAUUAUGAUGUACAUCAUAUUGAUCCCUUUGAUGCUGAUGCUAUGAAAAAAGCAACAAUAAUUGAUGAAGAAGAAAUUGAAGAUGAUCAGGAACAAGAACAUCAACAUCAACAACAACAACAACAAUCUGUUGAAAUGAAUCAAGUACAACAAGAAAUUAAUAAUCGAGAUGAAGAUGAACAAAUGGCUAUUAUACAAUUCCGUAAUCAACAUCAAAAUUCUGAACAAUCACCAUUAAUUGUUAAAAUUGAAAGAGAUGGUUAUGAUGAUUUUGAAACAGCUGAUGAUUUCUUAUUAAAUAAACCAACUCCACGUACACGUCAAUUACAAAAAGCACGUCGAACAUUAUCGAAAAAUAUCUAUGAUGAUUCUUCAUAUCUUGAUUCUUCAAUAACUAAAAAAGAAUAUUUACAUAAUUCAAAUUAUGAUAUGAAAGAUCAUUAUGAUAAUGAAAUUGAUUAUGAUAAUGAAAAUGAAACUGAAACAGCUGAUACAUUCGUUGAAAUGAUUGAUGAUGAAGAUAAUAUUAUUGAUGAAGAUGAUGAUGAUGGUGGUGGUCAAAAUAAUAUUAUUAAAUAUCGUUCAUCAACACAAAAAUUGACUUAA